AUGAGGACGUUCAUCAAGCAACGCGAGCGUCAAGACGACGGUAAAGAAAAACGCGGUGGUGAUGGAGAACAACGACGCGGCGGUGGAAAUCGACGACGUGGUGAUGGCCAACGACGAGGUGGCAAAGAGAGACGUGGAGGUGAUCGUGGACGGGAGAAGCAAGACGAUCCGCUCGAUUAUCAUGGCGCUCAGCUCAACGGCUACAGGUGGUACACGCCGAAGAAUGAGCAGACUUUCACCAAGAAGCCGGAUGUCAUUCGCAAGAUGCCUUUCGUGAGACUAGUUGAAAUCCCAUCGUCUUCUAUGCGCCAAGUGAGACGAAUGGUGGAACUCACCUACAGAAUGCAAAAAUACCUAGAUGACGUGUCGAAGAUUGAGGCAAAACAGUUGCCGUUGCGGGGUUUACACAAAACGUUAGACAAAUGGCACAUUGCACGAGCGUACGACUGGGAACCCUUUCCCGUGUUUCAUGUCAUCGAAGCGUAUGUUAUGGUGCUUACAAAGUUGAUCACGUUGUCAUUUUACUCGUUCGCGGGUCUGCAUGGUUACUGCGUGCCAAGUCUAUCACGUCGUUUCAUUGGGGAGCCGGCAAAGAGCUAUCUGUGGCGUGAUCACGAGAUCGCGUUGCAGUAUGGAAAAGCGAUGGACACAAUGCUGAAGCGCUUGAAGAUGGAUGACGAACCGAAGGCGCAAAAGAAGGACGACGAACCGAAGGCGCAAAAGAAGGACGACGAGACGAAGGAGCAAAAGAAGGACGACGAACCGAAGGAGCAAAAGAAGGACGACGAAACGAAGGAGCAAAAGAAGGACAACUCAAGAAAGAAGUUCAACGAUCCAAAAGCAUUGGUGAUGGAAGAUGUAAAGAGUUUGCUUGAAGAAUUCUCGAAAAUGGUCAAGUGGAUCGAAAAGAAAACGCAGCUAAUCAAAAAGGGAGAUGACGCGAAAUUGGAAGAGGAAGAGGAUUGCUUCUCGAUGUUGACUACUUGGAACGAGUAUACACUCUUCAAGCCGAAGCUGAGCGAUCAACAACUCGAAAAACUCUUUAACAAAGCUUGCUCGGAGCUUAGUGACUUCGCUUCGCUGGGAACCUUCAUCGACGACAACUUGGAACACUUUGCAAACAUGGCUCACUUUCAACAAUUGCUUCCACUGAUGGUGAACACGCUGGCAACUUUUGAAUUUGGCGCAAAAUCCGUGGCAAUUUGUCGAAAGAUCUUCUUUGCGCUUUUCCCCAAGUUAAACGAUGGGGAUUUCUUGGCUUUAGUCGAACAGGCCAAACAAUUCAAUCCAAGGCAAGAAACGUUGGCACGCUUGAUACCACAUGGAGGAGGAGCAAAAUAUAUGAUUGAAUGCAAGGACAAUAAAGAUAACCAAGUGGCAGCCCUUCACUUCAAUUUGAUGCUUGUCCCGUGGGAAACCGUGCUUGAGAACUGCAUUCGUGGUGUUUACAAUUCGAUCACCGAGACGGCAUCGAUUCAGGUUUUCAUUCGUCUCCUUCCGUGUGUUCGAGAGUUUCUGCUUGCUGAAGAGGAGGGAAAACAACCGUCGCGUUUGGUCUCAAUGCUUAAGCGUCUCAAUCCGGAAACGGAUAGAGCUGUCGAGCGAAUGGAGGCUGUACUUGUUGCGCUCGUUGACGCCGAGAUUAUGGACUACGAGUAUUUCGUCUUUGGCUUUCUCUUCCCUGCAAGCUCAUCUGGACCGCUUGCCUAUCGCAAAUUGGCUCUGGACGUCAUAUUUUUGAUGGUGUCCAGCAAAGGUGUGAGGUUCAACUUUGCGGGUGAUGAGAAAUCGGGUGGAUCGAUCCCAUGGUCGAAAUGUGUGACGACUACUCUGGAUCUUUAUGCUGCGCCAAACCCAGCUGCAGCAACCGCUGGACAACGAUAUCCGUUUUUGAAGAAACUUCUACACCAGCUUGAUGUUCGAGGAGCUUUGGGUGCAAAAGUUGAAGAUGUCAUCGCGAUCGUGAAAUAUCUUCGCGAAAAGAACGCCACAAAAGCUUGGGUCUACAUUUUGGGCAAAGACUUGAUGAAGGAAACAAUCGGAAAACAUGCAGAAGAUCAGCUGCCAUGGAAAGAGUUGAAAGAAGAGGAAUUCGAUGAAAUAUUUACUCUUGUCGGUGCAUGGCCGGAUAACACUGGAAUGACGUUGUUGAAGCAAAUUAUGGAAGUUCAAAGCCAUUUGGACCAUUCCGCACAAUUGCUGGCACAUCUCAAGGCGUGGAUUGAUGAGAAUCGUGGAAAGUUCAAGCCUGGAGACGCAAGGAUCUUCCAUCUUGACGUGUACAUGAAAGAGGAGACGUUUGUUCCAGUGCAACCGAAGCCUGAAGCAUCGCCACAAAAGAUCCUGGAAAUUGCACAAGUUGAUGUGAAAGAAGAAGAGACCGAAGAAAUGCCGACCAACAACCCAAGUGCUGAAGUCGACGAUGGAAACAAGACGGAGCAGCAAAUCGCCACCAAGCCGACAAACAGUGCUGAAGAAAUGACGACGGGCGAAGAUGGAAAUGUAGAGGAAACAGAUGGCGAAAAGGAGAGCGGCCACGUGGAGGAAUACGAGGAGGAUGAACUGAUCGAGGCACCAAGAGGAGGAGGCUAUCAUUAUGAAAGCGGGUUCAGUUUCGGUUCACCACCAAACUCUGCCUCUACUUCUAACAGAGCUCCAUCGAUCACUCUUACCAACGAGCCGCCAACGAAAAUCGACUCGACUCUCAAUUUCUCCCAAGACAAGCCAUCUUCUGCUGCGGGAAAUGCGAAGGAACCACCAGCGGGUGGGCGAAAUGACAACUAUGGUUGCGUGCUGGCGCCGGUUUUGAGUGAUUCUGAUAUUGCUUGGGAAAUGGCUCCCUCGAGAAAUUUCAGCAGACGUGUGGAGAAAAGCUCGCAGAACGGCCGCAAGAGCAAGUCUCAGAGCUCAAAGCGUUCUCAUCACGCCAACAAACCCAAUAACAAGAAGAAAGAGGGAAAA